ACCAUCUCACCAUGUGAUAGUCCCUCCGCGCAGAUUGGAACACUGCCUCAGUCGGACGGAGGAAGAUCGGCAGCUUUGUAGAAAUGGAAGACCCGCAGCCACCGUUAAGUUUCGCAGAAUUGCGGACCCUGGUUAUGGAUCCGGAUCGUCCGAAAAGAAUGUUCCUAUCGACCGGGAUCGCCUUGCCCGGCGCGAACGUGAUAAAAACACCCGAAGAGGUACGCGUCGAAAGGUUUUUCGAGUCGUGCGUGUUCAAGACCGGUCUCAGUUUCGCAGCUGGCGGAGUGUUCGGCGGCGCCAUGGGACUCUUCGCCUCUUCAGUGAAUCCAAACUUCACGAUCGAUCCCGCCAAACAAUCCGUGAGAGACAUUUUCAGAGAGAUGAAGACGACUACUGUCGGGUACGCGAAGAAUUUCGCGAUGGUAGGAGCAAUGUUCGCAGCCGUAGAAUGCACUAUCGAGAGCUGUCGUGCGACGACCGAUUGGAAAAAUGGCACCAUGGCUGGAGGAAUUACUGGCGGCUUGAUCGGUCUUCGAGCCGGUAUCAAGCCGGGAGUGGUCGGUGCUGCGGGUUUCGCAGUAUUCUCCACUCUGAUAGACUACUACUUCAGGCAUCACGGAUGGUGAAUCGUGAACUCGUAGAGCUAGGCACAGUUUUCUAUUACGGGGCAAUCACGAGGUGAUGCGCCGCUUCUUUCUCAAAAUGAGAACCCAAUGUACAUACUCUGUCAAUAGAUUUUCGCAUCGGAGAUUCAGACACCUACUCCUUGUGGAUAUAAAACAAAUCGUGGAAACAAA